AUGGAUAUCCUGAAACAAGAGUUGCUGAAGAAACGGCAGAGCCUGGCGGAGGACGUCGGCGGGAAGAAAAUUUUCAAACGCUCCGAAAUCGAGCAGAAACGCCUCCAGCGGCUGCGGGAGGAGGAGAAACUGGAAGCCGAGGCGAAAGCCCUUAAACAAAAAGAAUUGGAACAGAAACAAAGCAACCGCAAUAUCAAUUCCCCAUCGAAUUCGAAUUCCAAUCCCGAAGUCGCCAAAUUCAAAUCUGAAUCCUCCGCCUCCGCCUCUAGAACAUUAACAGACGAGGAAAAGAUCGAUGAGCUGAAUCUCCCGAGGCAAGAAGUUAUUCGUCGUCUCCGUUUGUUAAAACAACCUGUCACGCUUUUUGGGGAAGAUGAUGAGGCGAGGCUUGAUAGGCUUAAAUAUGUUUUGAAAGCUGGGUUAUUUGAGGUUGAUGAUAGUGAUAUGACGGAGGGGCAGACCAAUGAUUUUCUUCGUGAUAUCGUGGAGUUAAAGAAGCGGCAGAAGUCGGGGAUUUUGAGUGGUAGGAAGAGGAAUGCGACUGAGGAUGGAGGAGAGGAUAAAGAUGGAGGAGGUGGUGAUGAGGAUUUGAGUGGGGAUGGGGCAUCUUCGGGUGGAGAUCACGACAAGGAUAUAAAGCGAAUGAAAGCAAAUUUUGAGGAGUUGUGCGAUGAGGAUAAGAUUUUGGUGUUUUUUAAGAAGUUGUUGAAUGAGUGGAAUCAGGAGUUAAACGAGAUGAGUGAGGCAGAGAAGAGGACUGCCAAAGGAAAAUCAAUGGUUGCCACUUUUAAGCAGUGUGCUCGGUACUUGAACCCUCUUUUCAAGUUCUGCAGAAAGAAGGUUCUUCCUGAUGAUAUUCGGCAAGCUUUGCUAUUGUUCGUCGAAUGCUGUAUGAAGCGAGACUAUCUAGCUGCAAUGGAUCAUUACAUUAAAAUGGCCAUUGGAAAUGCCCCCUGGCCUAUUGGUGUCACUAUGGUUGGUAUUCAUGAACGUUCUGCACGUGAAAAGAUCUAUACAAACAGUGUGGCUCACAUCAUGAAUGAUGAGACCACCCGUAAGUAUUUGCAAUCUGUUAAAAGGUUGAUGACAUUCUGCCAACGACGUUAUCCUACAGCCCCAUCCAAAGCUGUCGAGUUCAACAGCCUGGCAAAUGGCAGUGAUUUAUUGUCACUAUUAGCGGAAGAGAGGUCGUCUGGGGGGAAACAGCCAUCGGAAGAAAAGCUUCUGUUGAUGCCUGCUCCAAAGGAUAGCUAG